UGUCUCCAUCAUGGACUUUGUGCAAGACUUUGCUCGCGAACAUGUUGCUCAAAUCAGCGCCACCAUCGCCCUGGUCACGUAUGCCGUCUCUCGAAACAAACUCACUCCCGCAGGCGUCCUUUCCGGCGUCGUCGUGGCCAUUAUUCACAUGCUCCAUCCUUGGCAGGCCUUCUUCUGGCUCCUGAUGGUUUUCUUCUUACUGGGUACACUCGUGACAAAGAUCGGCCACUCCCAAAAAUCCCACCUCACCCAAUCCGCCACCGGCGGCACAGGAGGCGAAGGCGCCCGCAGCGCCAUCCAAGUCUUUGCCAAUUCCGGCUGGGCCUCCCUCCUCAUCGCCCUGCACACCUACCUCCUCUCAUCAAAAACCUCUCCUUUCAUUUCCUCUCUCAUUCCCAAUCUCACCCCCGGCCCUUACUUCCCCACCCUCGAAGGCCUUCUCCCCAUCGGCAUCAUCGCACAAUACGCCGCCGUGGCCGCCGACACUUUUUCCUCCGAACUCGGCAUUUUAUCCAAAUCCUCGCCGUUCCUGAUUACUGCGCCGUGGGAAACUGUCCCGCCGGGCACGAAUGGCGGAGUCACGAUUGAUGGGUUUCGAUACGGAGGACUCGGAUCUUCAUUGUUAGUCUUGACUGCCCAUGUCGCGUUGCGGAAAUUUCCGCCACAUCUCGAGAAUAUUCCGCCGCAAGUCUCUGUCGUGUUGAUUGCGAGUGGAGUGGCGGGGACGGUUCUGGAUUCGUUGCUGGGUGCGUGGUGUCAGGUGACGGUGAAGGAUCGCGGGACGGGAAAAGUUGUGGAGGGCGCGGGAGGUGCGAGAGUGCAAGUUAUGCCGGGGGGAACGAGAGUGCAGAUGGGAAAGGAUUGGUUGACGAAUAAUGGAGUGAAUUUUGUCAUGGCUGCGCUGUCGAGUUUGCUGGCCAUGGGGGUGGCGGGGAUGUUGGAGUUGGAGUUGGAGUUGUGAGUGAGGAAAGAGAAUUUUCACAAAAAUAAAUAUGAAAUCGAGAAACAGUCCAGGUCUGUACUGUAGUAUGUAUGUAGUAAAGUAGUAUCAACAAAAAGCAAC